GGGAUUCCGUAGCCGCGAAGCCUCUGUUUUGUUGACAUUUUUUCUCCAUCAGCUGACUGCCAUAAGUUAGCUGACCGGUUUAUUGGCAGCUCAACACAAACAAACCCUGUACAUGUCAUUAUUCUUUUUAGCGCUGCCUUCGGGCCACACACAGUCUAUUUUUAGACCUUCAGCAGCUCUUGAUAAGGUUUAUUUUCUAACCAGCCGUCACUGGAGAGAGAGAGCUGAACUGACCUCACAGCCAAUGUUUGCUAGCUCGUAGCCUGCACAGCUAACUUCAGCGAAUAGUAAGCUAACACGCCGAAUAAGCUGAUGUAAGGUGAAACCAUGGAGGGGAUUCUGUAUAAAUGGACGAAUUACAUGACAGGUUGGCAGCCACGCUGGUUUGUCUUAGAGAACGGGGUCAUCUCAUACUAUGACUGUGAGGAUGAUGUAGGUAAAGGAAGCAAAGGAUCCAUCAAGAUGUCUGUGUGUGAUAUUAAAGUUCAUCCGACAGAUCUAACUCGUCUGGAGUUGAUAAUCCCUGGUGAGCAGCAUUUCUACGUACGAGCAGUGAACGCUGCGGAGAGACAGAGGUGGCUGGUGGCUUUAGGCUCGUCGAAAGCUGGAACACUGGACAGCCACAAACACAAAGGUCCUGACUGUCUAAAGACAAAGAUGUCUGAACUUCGUCUGUACUGUGACCUCCUCGUCCAACAGGUCCAAACAAUCCAAUCACAGCACACCGCAGAAACAGAGGCCCCGCCCACUUCGGAGGCCUCUCUGCUCAGUGCAACCUGUGCAACUUUCAUCAGGACUCUGGAGGAGUGUAUGAGUCUGGCGAACCAAAGUUUGACCCCUGACCUCCGCCCUCCGGAAAGGAUGAAGAGGUCAAUCAGUCACCCUGGAACGUACAGCUUUGACAGGUCAGGUGUGCUCAAAGAGUACUUGAGCACAGGUCAGAGGUCAACUCAGCGCAGGAACCGAACGUGCUCCGACAGCUCUGUGUAUGAUUCUGAACGUGUGCUCCCCGGGCUCAAUGGGGACUCGUCCUCCAUCCCUGAAGAGAGAGGAGGGAGCAGUGUGAGCCCAAAGACCACCCCCACUGACACAGACACUGACCUGUCUAUCUGAAGACUCUACGUCCAUCCCAACCUGCUGGACUCACACAGAACAUCUCAAAGAUGGAUAUCGGACAGGGACUGCAUACGGUCGAGAUAUUGAUGAUAUCUUCAUGAAACUGGGGAUGAGUUCCAUAUUUGACCUCGUUCAGGACCGUCCAUUCAUGUGCUUUUUCUCUAAAGUCAUCGGACUGCCAAAUGUGCACUUUGGAGUCAUAAUUAUUGUUCCUUUAGUCUCAACACACUGGAGAGAGAGAGAAAGAGAGAGAGUGAGAAGACUGCAGUAAAGAUAGAUCUGUCAGCUUGGAAACUGUGAGUGUAAAAUUUAUGACACUUCAACCAACUGAGAGGACAAGAUGCAUUUGUGUCAUCUUCCUUGUUACCAGGAGGCCACAUUCCCACUAUGGACAUAAUCCAGGAGACAAAAUGAGACUGGCUUUCUCAGUGGCAACUAAAUGAGGACUGUGUUUGCAGUAGGCAGCUCCAUGGUGCAGUAUGUAUAUGAGUAACUGUGAAUCUUUUGGACUGUUUGGAUGUUGGGGUUGAUUGUUCACUGCUUUUAUCUGACCUGAAAGUGAGAACAUUUUAAUUGUGGAUGUUUUCGAAGUCAAAGAAAUCCUUUAACUUUAAAGGAAAAGUAUCUUCUCACAGUAUUUUCUGCCUUUUCCACUCAGUCAGAAUCUUUUUUUCUGUUCUUUAACUUGCCAAGCAUCAGCCACAUUCUUCUGUCAUGCCUCUGUAGUUGUGCUUACCUGCUAAAAGCCUCUGGCUUCUGUCUUAGGGCUCAGCAGCGAGGUUUGAUGGUGCAGAGUGUAGCUCAGGAUGAAACAGGACUAGUACUGAUCACCUGAGGCCAGUUUUCUCACACACAAACAGGGAGCUGAGGAGUUUGGGUUUUGAGAUGCCAAAGAUUGCACGAAUGUAAUGAUGUACAUUAAAUGUGCCAUCUGUCUUGUUCCAGCAAAGUUUCUUCCCAACAGUCCAGCUGGUCAUGCUUGUCCUCGCGUCAGUUUUACCUGCGGCUCUUUGCUUGAGGAGUUUGCACCUUCUCCUUGUGAUUGUUCUGCCGGCUUGUUUAGCUUCUUGCACUUAAAAAGAAAAGACUCAGAUCAGGUGAUUUGAGUCCCAGAGACCAGACAGCUCCAGGCAGCCUAUCCAUUUGUUUUUUUUGACAUAGCGAGAUUUUCUAUGGAUUGACUUAAGAAAUUCUGCAAGGAAAACAAACUUGAAAUGAAUGUGUGCAGAUCAAGCCUAAUUUGGAGGUUGUUUGAAAUGUUACUGCAACCUGAUUUCUACAGAUACAUCUCGAUCUUCGUUCUCUAGAAGCUCAAACAGAAUUUCUAAGAGUCUUUCAGGUUACUAACAACACAUACAAGAUGUCCAGCCAUAGCUAAGGACAUUCCAUGCUGCAGCUACCAUAUAAGUAACAGUUCUGGACCAUGACUUAAUAAUACUAAUGAAUGCCAACAGCGUUACAACAGCAUCUGCUGCAGACAGGUUGGUGGAAUCUGGACACACAAAUCCAAUCUAAUCAAUUACAAGUAACAGUGCAAACUGUUUGUCUUCAACAUCUGAUUUAUCAGAGAAAAUCAGAUGUGCCUGCACUCCAGGAAAAGUCAGAGUUGUAGAAAGGUGUGAAUGUUUGUGAGUUACUGCCUUUGAAUGUUUGUAUUUCUUGAGCUUUUUUGUAACUAUUCCCAGCCAAACAUGAAGUUCAAAAGACUUAAAUACAGUGGCCUUGAGGGCUCAACACACAGCAAACACGGAUAGCCAAAACACAAACAAAAGUUGAGUAUCACAUUCAUGCAUUUUUUUUAUGUAUGCUGCAUUUGUGUUUAUUUAAUAUGCAUGUUUCCUUUGAUUGAUGAUGUUCUCCGUUUGCACAUGCUCUCUGUAGUUUCAGUGUGUGGAGAUCUCAGGGCCACAAUGACAAAGUGGACAGAUGAGGUUUGAAGUGGAAAUGUGGGUUCAGAUGAUGCCUUUUGCACACAUGGCUGUGAGUACAUUUGUUGUAUGCAUCUUCUGCGCUGCCAAAGCAAACAACUUAACCUUUUAGUGCUAUUUCUUAAACUUCCUUCACUGUUACGUAGCCUCUGAGGUGAAAUCAUUAGCAUUAUCUGCUAAUUUAAAGACAUGGGAUAAUGUUAUUUUUCAAAGGUUGUUAUUCGACAAAUCAAGCUUCUGGUAAAAGGGGGGACCAAGUGGAGAGAGACAAUGAGCCCUUUUAUGGUUUUAUUGAUUAGCUAGCUACAUAAUUCAGAUGUUAUUAUCACAAUCAUAGCUACACAUCUACCUUAAGGAAGUAUUUAACUUGCAGUAACAUUUGCCAAUCACAAGCUAAGGGUUAGCCAGCUAGCUGUAACUUAAUUGUGCUCUAUGGGUCUUGUAUUAGUUAAAUCUUAAUGUUGUCCAUGUCUGUCAUGUAAUUUUUUAAUGCCUAGCUAGCCAAGAAACAGGUGACUCUGGAUGCAUGAGCUUACAUUAUCCAGUCCACAGGUGAUUUUUACUCCUUUAGCUAGCUAGCCAUUUUUUAGCUAGAAAGUUCUCUUAAGCCAAUAAAAUCAAAUGAAUGACCCUUACCAUAUGUCCAGCCAGAGGUGACAUUGGUAUCUUGUCCACAACAGUUUUACUAGACAAAGAUUAUUGUGCUUUGGGUUGAACUUUGUGUGUGUGUGUGUGUGUGUGUGUGUGUGUGUGUGUGUGUGUGUGUGUGUGUGUGUGUGUGUGUGUUUGCCUGCCUGCCUGCCUGCCUGCCUGCCUGCCUGCCUGCCUGCCUGUCUGCCCACUGUUGUCGCGCUCAGACCCCAUUUUUUAAGCAUCAACAUUAGCUAGCGGUGCACAAUGUUGGUGCUGACUCAACAUAAAACAUGUAACUCUUUACACUGUAGUUUUGUGCCAUGCUUUGCCAUUUGGGCAUGUGCCAAAGACGUCAUGAACACAAAGUCAAUAUUCCUGAAUACGUGUGAAAGAUGUCAUCUGAACAUGAAGUAAACAAGCUUCUCAUUCCGGGAAGCAGAUUACGUGUUGUGGUUGAAGACGAGACAGUACGCAUGACGACAUCGAUUUUGAUCAUUUUUUGUAUAGACAGGGAUGUACUUUGGUGUGCUUCAGAAGAAAAAACAUCCACCUGUAGGAACAACAAUUGAAGAGGAACAUUCACUCCUUCUCAAAAACACACAUUCACCCAAAAGACCCUUUUAUUUGAACCUGUGUCAUCAAAUUAGUGAAUCACAGUUGCUGUUUCUUUAACUUCUUAAAAGGAAGCAGAUUUUUUAAAUGUUAAAUUUCUCUACUUUUCAAGUAUUUUCACAUUCAGACAGUUAUAAUACAACAUUAAUGAAGUAUACUGCACCAAACACAUUUGGAAACCCUUCCCCAACAGAAAGUGUACGUGUGGUUGAUUUGCACUUUAGCGUGACUUUUAAAUGUUGUUUUUGUUGGUACUCUGAAUUAAAGGAAACAGUGAUAAAGGUACUGUGGCCAAUAACAGAAGUGAUGAUUGUAAAACUGAUGUUAAGAAAAAAAAUGUUUUAAGUCAGUGUCUUAUUUUUUUAUAGGAUGUUCUGUAACAGCCUUAUGUGUAACAGUGAGAGUAUGUAAACGCACAAAACUUCUUAUUCUUGUAUUUCUUUAAUCAAAAUGUGUGUUCAGGAUUUGUUGAAAACACUCUGACACUGUUUGAAAUUUUUUCCUUUCACUUUUUGUUAAUACUGUGGCAAAAUGUUUCUCCAGAGGCUGCUGGUCACUGUCAGGACAACAACAAAGAGUUCAGUCUGUAAUCACACUUUAUUUCCACUUUCGUGUCAGCUCAAUGUUCGGCUUCUUCUGUCGAAUAACUUGUGAUUGUGUUCUCACGUUAAACAGCAUAGCAGUGCUUUAAUUAUCCUUUAAAUAACACAUGUCAUGUUCAGACUUGUUAAUUGGAUGAAGUGGAUUGAUUGGUCAAAAACAAAUACACUGGUAAACAAAAAUUUGAAAUACUGUAACAUACACAUUCUUUUUCAGCAUAUUUUUGUCAUAAAAUGCAAAUUUUUAAAUGUGUGAAUGUAUUGGCCUUCAACGUUUAUUUUGGUGAAUACUUGCUUUGUUGCUGAUAAAUUAUUUAAACAUUGAAACCACACUAGUAUUUCAGAAACUAAACCAUAAUCUACAUCAAAUAAUCUGUAUAGAUUUUGCAGAGAUUAACAAAACAACAAGCAAACGGUUGAGUUUGGGGGUACUGGUAGUGAGAUUUUGAAACCUGUGCACAUGGUUUGGCUAGUUCUCUCCCUGUUCCUGACAUGUAUGCUAGGCUAAGCUAAAAAACGGACUCUAUAACUCCAUAUUUAAAGUUUGGACGUGAGAGUCAAAAGCAGAACUACUCAUCCUAGAAGGUUUAAGUCUACUUUAUAUCGUGGAGCAGGAAAGACAGCUGAACUAAGCUGCUGGUUUAUGACUGAAUUAUAUUUUCUUCAAUAAAGUUUUUUUGAUUGACAGCCAGUUCAGUUUUGGACAAACUGGCGCAGAGAUUUUUCAUGCCUUAAGUGUCUCUGCACAGUAACAUGUGGCUGUAUCUGACUUUUUCAUGUCUAAAUAAAACAUAUUUUAAACUGAA